GACCCGUCCCCCUGGGUUGCAGAUAUAAUUGUCGCCGUGCUGCUUGUCGGUGGCUUGCCUGCUCCAUUCCAAGUUACUUGAACCUCAGCAUUUCCCCUCUCCGACUUGCCAACUUUCUUAUUACCUUGAUAUACUUCCAUCCUCCGAACAAACCAUCCUCUCUCUCUCUCUAUCCAUACGCAACCUCUCGUAUACCUUGUAUACAACCCUCUCUCGACCUCCUCCCUUCUCUCCCCCCUCCUCAUGGCUCCCUCCCACCGCCGUGGACCUUGGGUCCCCGAAGAAGAUCAACUACUCCUCCAGCUCGUGCGCGAACAAGGCCCUAACAACUGGGUGCGCAUCUCUCAACACAUGCACUACCGCUCCCCCAAGCAAUGUCGUGAACGCUUCCACCAAAAUCUAAAGCCCUCUCUCAACCGAGAGCCCAUCUCCGCCGACGAGGGUCUCCUGAUCGAGCGCAUGGUCAAUGAAAUGGGCAAGCGCUGGGCCGAAAUUGCCCGCCGUCUAGGAAACCGCAGCGACAACGCCGUCAAGAACUGGUGGAAUGGAAGCAUGAACCGCAAGCGCCGUGGCUUGUCCACCCCACCGGCCUCGCGCACUUUCAACGGUCGUAUCGAGGCCCCCUUCGCCCGUGCCUCGAUCGUCAGCCCGUCUCGUCCUCGCUUUGCGACUCGCCCAUGGGCGGAAUCUACUUCUAUGGAAUCGUCGGAGGCCUUCUCCCACUCUCGCCGCGAGUCCACCGUCUCCACUGCCCGUCAGCUCUCUCCCAUCUAUACUCUGCCUUCUAUCAACCGCCCCAUCGAAACGCCCUUGACUUCGCCCGCCUUUUCCGAGGCUUCUCAUGCCUCUAUCGAACCUCCUUCCAUGGUCUCAGAUCAUAACUCGGUCUGCUCUUCGCCUCCUCGCACAUUGCCCUCUCCUCAGCUCCUCCCCAUGCCCGUGGAUGUGCGUGGCCAGUAUGAUGUCCGCCGGCCCAGUGUUGCCUCUGUCCAUGUAGUGGAUGAUUCCCCACCGAGCUAUCCGUCCCGCUCCCUGGAGUCCCUUUCCGAAAUCGCCUCUAAGCGGCGGUGGAUGGAACACCAGCCGGCCAUGGCAUCGUGGCACCAACCGAUGGAUUCUCUUUCCAAGCCCUGGGAGACGACCCCCGUCGAGCCUCCCCGCGAUACGCGGAUGGGCGUGAACAACCUCCUCAAUUAACGGGGGGGACGACUCCAGCAAAAAAAAACCUUCUAUCAUCUCUUUUCUCUUUACGGAUCUCUUUUGUCAUGACUGUACGAAUCUUCUUGUCUAUGUUUAUGUGUUUUUAUUUUUCUGUGCAAUACUCUUCUCUAUUCCCCCUCUCCGUCGAGCCCUCACCCCAAGUUGCUAUCUGGGAAAGGCUCGCGAGUUUGUACAUGUGUCAAAAAGCCCAUUCCUCCCCCUCUCGCUCUCCCGUUCCUCUUUCUGACCACCCUAUCUCCUUUGUACUCUUAAUGUGUAUUACCAUGGUUCAGAUCUUCAAAAAAUCCGGGUGUUUUCGGUCAUGUGGAGACCUGUAAUUUGGGUGUUUUUCUAUUCUUGUUGUUCCCUUUCUUCUCCCGUCUUGUGUGUCUCACCGAUUUACGGCAAGAGUGGAGAGUGAAGAGCGGAGAUUCUCAAACAAGGAGAUCUUCUCAUGGGUUUUGGAUUUGUCUAGCAUAAUACCCCUGCGUAUAGGAAUUGACUAUUUUGAGUUUAUUGGA